AGGUUUGCCGCAAGGUAGCGCGUCCGAAGGCUCCCUCUCCUUUCCAACACCGCUUUCGCGUCCACCUUCAGUCGGCGGAAUCGCUCAUCUCGUUUUAGUUCAAUUUUAGGUUAAUUGUUUAUAACAAAGUUCACUCAAUUUGACAUCGCAGGGAUGACUUCUGUCGUGAAGAAGAAAGUCUGCUAUUACUACGAUAGCGACAUCGGCAACUACUACUACGGACAGGGUCACCCGAUGAAACCACACAGAAUAAGGAUGACCCAUAAUCUUCUCCUUAAUUAUGGCCUCUACAGGAAAAUGGAAAUCUAUAGGCCGCACAAAGCUACAGCCGAGGAAAUGACAAAAUUCCACAGCGACGAGUACAUCAGGUUCCUCAGGAGUAUCCGACCUGACAACAUGACAGAAUACAACAAACAGAUGCAGAGGUUUAAUGUCGGUGAGGACUGUCCUGUUUUUGACGGCCUCUACGAAUUCUGCCAGCUUUCCGGUGGUGGCUCAGUUGCAGCAGCGGUCAAACUCAAUAAACAGGCGGCGGACAUCUGCAUCAACUGGGGUGGCGGGCUACAUCAUGCCAAAAAAUCUGAAGCUUCCGGAUUCUGCUAUGUCAACGAUAUUGUCUUAGGAAUUCUGGAAUUGCUUAAAUAUCACCAAAGAGUGUUGUAUAUUGAUAUUGACGUUCAUCACGGCGACGGAGUCGAAGAGGCGUUUUACACAACAGACAGGGUGAUGACUGUGUCGUUUCACAAAUACGGGGAAUAUUUCCCAGGAACCGGGGACCUAAGAGACAUUGGAGCAGGAAAAGGGAAGUAUUAUGCAGUAAAUAUCCCACUGAGGGAUGGGAUGGAUGAUGAGAGCUACGAGUCCAUUUUUGUUCCUAUAAUAACCAAAGUGAUGGAGACAUUCCAACCGAGCGCCGUAGUCCUGCAAUGUGGAGCAGACUCGCUCACUGGUGACCGCCUCGGCUGUUUCAACCUGACGGUGCGCGGACAUGGAAAGUGCGUCGAGUUCGUCAAAAAGUACAACUUGCCUUUCUUGAUGGUCGGUGGUGGUGGAUAUACGAUACGCAACGUCUCUCGCUGCUGGACGUACGAGACUUCAGUUGCCUUGGGCACUGAUAUCGCAAACGAGCUGCCUUACAAUGACUACUUCGAAUAUUUCGGACCCGACUUCAAAUUGCACAUCUCGCCUUCGAACAUGGCUAACCAGAACACGCCUGAAUACCUCGAAAAAAUCAAGACACGGUUGUUUGAGAAUCUAAGAAUGCUUCCACACGCUCCAGGAGUCCAGGCGCAAGCAAUUCCUGAAGAUGCUGUGAACGAAGACUCGGAGGAUGAGGACGAAAAGGUAAACCCAGACGAGCGGUUGAAUGAGGUCAUCCAGGACAAACACAUCUCGGGCGAUAACGAGUUCUCAGAGUCAGAAGACGAGGGCGAAGGAGGCAGGAGGGACAACAGGAACUUCAACAAACAGAGAAAGAGGCCGCGCAUUGAACCGCGAGUCGAAAGUACGGUCGAUGACACUGCCGACCUCAAGGCGGAUAAGGAGGAGAAGAUGCAGGUUGACGAGUCGAGCAGCAAGGGCUCCGGUGUAUGAACGCGCUAACGUCGUGUUUCUCCAAAGAGGCUCUCUAUGUUGUGUGUCAAAGACAAAAACCAUCACGUCAUCCUGACCAGUAUUAUAGGCGAAAACAAAUCUCACUGAACCCUCUCGUCGAACCGAUAAAAGAACAACCUCUUUGGAAAUCGGCUGUAAUUUAUAUAAAGUUUAUUUAUAUUUGUGAAUUAUAGAUUGUUUUCCUUAGGGUUCGAA